CUCUCUCUCUGUCUGUCUUCAGCCAGACUCUUGUCCUCAAGGAGCAGAAGAGCAGAAACUCGUGAAGCCUCCAGAUGAUCAUGAGAGUCCUGAGCGCUUUCCUCCUGCUGAGAGCUGUCGCUGCGUCUGUGAGAGGAGACAUGAACUUCACAGCAGAGACUCCUUCAGUAAAGACGGUGCUGAAGUCCAGCUUCCAUCUGUAUCACGAGGGCCGUGUGUUUGAGGAGACCUGCGCCGUGGUCCCGUUCCGGUCUGAAAGCCUCCACAGAUGCGCUUACAACCACAGCGACCCACUGGUGCUGAUUAUUCACGGCUGGACGAUGAAUGGACUCAUGGAGCCCUGGAUCUUCAAUCUGGCCUCUGCAGUGAAGGUCCGGCUCGAGCGGGUCAAUGUUCUCAUCAGCGAUUGGAGGAAGCUGGCGCUUCAGCCGUAUCCAAUCGCAGCUAAGAACAGCAGACAGGUGGGACAGGACGUGGCCGCUCUGCUCAAAUGGCUGGAGGAAGUAGCGCAGCUCUCCAUGGAUGACGUCCACCUGAUUGGCUACAGUUUGGGAGCACAUGUGGCUGGAUUCGCUGGAAGCCAUUUUCGAGGACUGAGGAAAGUGGGCCGCAUUACUGGGUUGGACCCAGCCGGGCCACACUUCGAGGGUCUGCCGGCGUUUGACCGACUGUCUCCAGACGACGCUCAGUUCGUGGACGCCGUGCACACCUUCACCGGCUCCAGCCUCGUCCCCGGCGUGGGAAUCAAGCAGAGCGUCGCUCACGUCGACUUCUACCCCAACGGAGGAUCCUUUCAGCCCGGCUGCAAGAUGACGGACAUUUACAGCAACGUCUUCCAGUACGGCCUGCAAGGAGUUCCCAAGACCAUUAAAUGCGCCCACGAGCGCGCCGUCAAACUCUUCACCGACUCCCUCAUCAACGCCAGCCAGCCCAUAAUAGGCUACCGUUGCCGUGACGACAGCGCCUUCAGCAGAGGCCUGUGUCUGGACUGUAAGCAGCAGCGCUGUAACACACUGGGCUUCGGUGUGCGCCGCGAGCGAUCGGGGAGGAGCGCUAAAGGACUGUUCCUCAGAACCGCCCCGCAGCCGCCCUACAGAGUGUUUCACUAUCAGAUCCGAGUCCUGCUGAAGAACCUGAUCGAGCCGCUCGAGUCCUCUCUGUUCGUCACACUCAACGGCUCCGGAGGAGAGAGCCCAGAACUACCCAUAAAACUGCAGCAGGAGAGCGGCGCUCUGAAGUCCUUCUCGUCUCUGCUGGCUGUGGACUCUGAUCUGGGCCAGCUCCGCUCCGUGAGGCUGGUCUGGAAGGGAGAUCUGGUCUGGCCCAGCUGGAUGAGGAGCGUCAGGAACAUCAUGAACUGGAACAGCUCGGAUCGGGACACAGAGCUCAGCGUCUGGAGGAUCCGCAUCAAAUCAGGAGAGACUCAGGAGAAGUGGUGGUUCUGCGGCGUCUCGGCUGGAGUCUCUCGUCUCAGGAGCUCGGAGGAGCAGGAGUUCGUUCGCUGCCGGAUCAAUCAUCAGGACACAAACAGCAGCGCUUCAACCCAGUCUGUUUAUUAAUGCAGUUCAAGUACUCCAAAAAAAUUACAUCUCUUUUGCACAAUACGUUCUGAAAUGUUACGUAAAAAUGUUCAAAGUGAACAAAAAUUUAGGUACUGUAUAAAACACAGUGAACAUUAACAGACAGCAGUAUUAAUCUUUUUUUUCCGUGUUUGUUCAGAUUUUUCAUUCGUUUCUCAAUUUUAGUGUUCGGCCUAUUUUCACCUACGACAUCUGGACUCGAUUAAGACUUUUUUUUUUUUUCAGUGCACUUUUCCUCUAUGAAAUUUCACCAAGACUACGUAAAAAUGAAAAAAAAAGUCAAAUACAGGCAAAUAUUCUCUGAUCCAGACCACCGCAGAACCACAGAGCCGGGUUUGUUCCUCAGAUGGCAGUACGGUGCGCUCGGUCUGGACUCACAAACGCUAAAACAAAAGAACAGUAUCAAAACCAACAGAAAUCCUCCAGUUACUGUACAGAGUUCACGGAGAGACCAGUCCGUCUCCACGGCGAUGAAGAUGAUGCUGUGUUUCUGUCAGAGUCUGUAAACUAAACGUGUUAAUGUGACUGUUAGUACCGCAAGAAUCUUUCCCAUGAUGCUCGGUGUCUGCAGUCUUCUGAAGUGAUUGGUUUCUUCAGGAGCGUUCUGUUAAACACACAUUAAACUCAAGUCUGCUCUUCA